CUUUUACCCGACGAGAAGGGCCCGGAUGUUACUAUUGAUUCGCCCUGGUGGCCAUCUCUACUUUUGCUUCGUUGGAUGUUGGAACUAAAGAAACCAGCGAAGUAGCCAACUAAGCGAAAGUACCAGCUCUCUCUCUCCCCUCUCUCCUCUCUCUCUCUCUAGGAGUACAAAGUUGAUUUGGUGAUCAAUCAGCCAUGGCGAGCAGUAACAAUGGAAGCGGAGGAGAAGGAGGAGAUCCGCCGCUUAAGCAAUUGGCGGAGCUUGGCAAAACCCUAAAAGAAGGGGAGAGGCUUCUGGCGCCAACCCGACGACCCGACGGUACGCUCCGUAAACCAAUCCGCAUUCGGGCUGGAUAUGUCCCCCAAGAGGAAGUCGCCAUUUACCAAUCCAAAGGUGCUUUGUGGAAAAAGGAGAUGGCCUCAGCGGCUGGACCGCCGGGUUAUGAUGAUAAUUCCGUUGAUACAACGAAACCCAAGACUAAGUCUGUAAAGAGGAACGAAAGAAAAAAGGAGAAGCGGAUACAGGCUGCUCUUGAGAAGGAGAAAACCUCGGAAAGUGGGGAAACAAAGGAAGAAGAAGUUGAAAAUUUGGGUCAUGUAUCAGAAGCUGUUGAGUCAUUGGCAUCUCAGAUGAACGAGCUAGGUGUUUCUUCUAGUCCUUUAGUUACCCCUCCCUCUGACUCAACUGAGAAUUCAUGUCCAGCAGGUCCAGCUCAAGAUAUAGAUAAAAGAAUUCGAGCUCUUAAAAAGAAGAUUCGACUUGCAGAAGCUCAACAGCAGAAAACUAAUCAGCAAGAUGUUAAGUCAGAACAGUUGGACAAGUUGACGAAACUGGAAGGUUGGCGUAAGGAGCUAAAGCUUUUGGAGGAUAAAAAGAAGGCGGAGUCGGCUGCAUUGUAAACAAGGGUUUGUGUCAGAAUCAAGAAACCGUGUUUCGUUUCUCAUUUAUGCUUUUUCUCAUGAAGGCAUGAAUGCUGAUUUUAGAAAGAGGUUCAUCUCUUCAUACUUUGUUCUAUUUAGCUUAAUCUUAUGUGCUUUAUAUGAUCGUACCGUACGGGUACAAUAUAGUACCUGAUCCACCCCUCAUAGGUGACCGUACAUGCCAUGUCUAUUCAUCUCCGUCGUGCUCUUUUGUUUGUCUCUUCAUUCAUGGUUCCACAUUCGCAUCUCCCGGAGAUGCGAAUGUGUUUUUACAUCUCAGAUUUGCAUCUCUCCGUUGGAGAUGCUCAAUCAGUUGUCUCAAAGCAACUUGAGCGGUCCAGCGGUCGUGUGAAUUUGAAUUUUGUGGCUUGUUUGUGGACUGUUUGUGUAAGAUGUGCAAGUUGUCACGAGUCCAUUUUGGCAAGUUA